UUUCUAGGCAAGGCAACAUGCGCCAUAAUCACCCUCCUCGAAUACGAAUGGUUUCACUCAUGGGAAAAAGAAAACUUGAAUCAUCGGGGUGACCGUUACGAGGAGAUCAAGAAGACCAUCGGCCACGGGCUCAUCGACCAAGCGUGCAAGCUCUUCCCGCAAAUGCAGGACAAGAUCGACCUCGUCGUAAUUGGAUCCCCUCUGAGCCACAACUAUUACCUGGGAAACACAGUGGGAGACAUUUAUGGCCUUCAUCACAACUUGGAACGAUUCAAACUCGAAAUUCAAGCCUUGCUCCGUCCUGAAACUGGCAUC